GGGAAGUUCCUGACAGGUCGCCAUAUUGAGGCGGACUUGUCCCGCCCAAAGAUGUCUGCCAGGCUCCAGGAAAGCUCCCACCAUGCACUGCGUUGUCGAGACGAUUAAAACACAACGCUUCUGGCUAAUCACCAAAACCACAGCAGGCUAGCCGAGAGCGACAAGGGCAGCUCCCUUUCUGCCCCCUCGCUUCUUCUCCACUCCGCUACAGCAGACACCACACAUUCCGCACCAUGGCUGCCACGGACGUGGACGUGUUUUCGAAUGAAGAGAAGCGCAGCCUCAACCUGGGCGGCCAUGUUGGAUUCGACAGCCUGCCCGACCAACUGGUCAGCAAAUCGGUCACACAGGGUUUUUGUUUUAACAUCCUCUGCGUAGGGGAGACGGGCAUUGGCAAGUCUACACUAAUGAACACGCUGUUCAACACCAUGUUUGAGAACGAAGAGGCCAGCCACUACCAGAACGGCGUCUACCUGCGCCCGCGGACGUACGACCUGCAAGAGAGCAACGUCCACCUCAAGCUGACCAUUGUCGACACUGUCGGCUUCGGGGAUCAGAUCAACAAAGACGACAGUUACAAGCCCAUCGUGGACUACAUCGACACCCAGUUUGAAAACUACCUGCAGGAAGAGCUGAAGAUCAAGCGCUCGCUCUUCAACUACCACGACACCAGGAUCCACAUCUGCCUGUACUUCAUCGCCCCCACUGGACACUCGCUCAAGUCCUUGGACCUGGUCACGAUGAAGAAACUGGACAGCAAGGUCAAUAUCAUCCCCAUCAUUGCCAAAGCAGAUACAAUCUCCAAGAGUGAGCUCCACAAAUUCAAAAUAAAGAUUAUGAGCGAGCUGGUGAGCAACGGCGUCCAAAUAUAUCAGUUCCCAACAGACGAUGAAGCAGUCAGCGAGAUCAACUCCUCCAUGAACGCCCAUCUGCCGUUCGCCGUGGUGGGGAGCGUGGAAGAAGUGAAAGUUGGCAACAAAACAGUGAGGGCCAGGCAGUACCCCUGGGGUGUCGUGCAAGUGGAGAAUGAGAGCCACUGCGACUUUGUCAAACUCCGAGAGAUGCUGAUCCGAGUCAACAUGGAGGAUCUGAGGGAGCAGACCCACGCACGACACUACGAGCUGUACCGCCGCUGUAAGCUGGAGGAGAUGGGCUUCAAAGACACCGACCCAGACAGCCAGCCCUUCAGUCUUCAGGAGACUUACGAGGCCAAGAGGAAAGAGUUCUUGGGAGACCUGCAGCGUAAAGAGGAAGAAAUGCGACAGAUGUUUGUCAACAAAGUUAAGGAGACGGAAGCAGAGCUGAAGGAAAAGGAGCGAGAGCUGCACGACAAGUUCGAGCAGUUGAAGCGGAUGCACCAGGACGAGAAGAGGAAAGUGGAGGAGAAGCGGCGCGACCUGGAGGAGGAGAUGAACGCCUUCAACAGGAAGAAGGUGGCCGCCGAGACGCUGUCCCUAUCUCAGCCGCUCAAGAAAGACAAGGACAAGAAAAAUUAAUUAAUGGCCGCUGUUUUCCCUCCCACACAUGACCACGGAUUUAUCAUCCAUCACCACACAACAACAACAACAACAACAACAACUCGUGUUUUCUUUGUGUUUUUGACAUUCCAUCUUGACAUUGUGCACAUGGACCGAUGAUGAUGAUGAUGAUGAUGAUGACGAUGCCACACAAUGGUGAGAGAUAAUAUUCACUUUGACAACAAUGGCCAUCAUUUAUUCAUUCAGGAUCAUUCUUUUUAUUAUUGUUGUUAUUGUUUUGGACACUUUAUAUGAAUAUAUGUUUGUUUUGUGUGUGUGCGUGCGUGCGUGCGUGUGUGUGUGUGAUUUUUCCAUCAACACACCAGAGAUUGAAACCCACUAAUCAACAGUCACUUUAAGACUGUUUGGUACUGCAGUGUAACAAUGUAACAAUUUAAGACUGUGCUUAUUGUUAUUUUUAUUGUCUUCAUUGUUUGUGAAUAUUGUUAGAGCGUACUCCAUCUUACUAUGCAAUAGUGUUAUAAUGGAAGAAGCCCAUAGUGAUGUAAUGGAAACUUUAUUGUAAACAGUAGACGAAGCCACUACACACACACACACACACACACACACACACACACACACACACACACACACACGCACAUAUUCUGGAAAAACCUAAAAGCCUCAGCUUGCCAAAAAACAAGAGCAGCUGUGUUUACUGUCGUUGGAAAUAAACCGAAACCUCUCCCCCGCCUCCCCCAAAGCCCGCACACAUCCGUCCCACAAUGUUGUUUGUCGCUGCCGACACAGGUGAAGACGUUGUGCUGUUUUUUUGCGACAAGGAUGGGUGAAAAAUGUAAAUAUUGUGUCUACAGAGGAAGUGUGUGACGGGAAAGAUUACAGUGUGUUGACAGCGCGGUCCUUUGUGGACAGUCCGUGCGCGUUAACAUCACCUGCAGCACACGGGCGCGUCCCAAUGCUGUACAUGUACGUCACGUGUCAAACUCGAGCCAUGGAGGGCUGAGACACUGCUGGUUUUCUCCCCGCCCAGUUUUUCCAACAGGUGAUGUAAUUGAUGAGCUCCUUCCCUCAGAUUGAAGGAGGUGUUGAUCGCUAAAAUCACCCGCUUUAGUGACCGGCUGAAAAGAAAACCUGCAGUGUUUGGGCCCUCCAUGGCACAAGUUUGACACCCCUGUAAUUCUGUAUAAUAUUCAAAAGAAGUGCUCAAUCCAAAAAUUCCGCCCUUAAAACGAUAAUGCACAAUUUUAAAGGUGUGCACUUGAACUGCAUGGUUGUGGAUGUUUGUUUUUUUUAAGUAGCACAUUUAACCAACAAAUGUUUACACUUCAAUUUAUAAAUACAUAGAAGUAGGGCCCUUUUUAAAAUGUGUUUUAUUUUUUUCCACAAAUUCCAUUUUAAUUUUUUUUAAUUUCCUUUUUUUUUUUUUUUUUAACCUUUUCCACUUAUUUUUCCAGCACAGAGUGUGGGCUUUUUGGUUUAGUGAAUAAAAUGUCCAUUCAUUAAAUGCAAAAAUCCUUGCAUUUAUUGAUGCAAUACAUCAUUGGCCAAUUUUGCCUCGUAAUUGAGAAAUGGAUGCAGCCUGGCUAGCUUUUAGAAUGCGACGUCAACCUCUGCACACAUUGCUACGAAAUCUUCAACGAACUGUGAUGGCCAUGCUUAUGAUCAAGGACGACGUAGUCACCAAAGUAACUCCAAUAGCGUUAUUAAUGUAAGAUAUUUUCAUUUAUUUAUUGCUGCAAACAGUGCUCUUAUUUUGAAAGCUGGAAGUGUGUUGUGUGUCCAGAAUGUGUUUUGAUGGAUAAGGUGAGCUGGGUGCAAGAAUAAACGUGCCUCUUGUCUUUUUAACUCGGAACCCGCACGUCGUUAGCGGGCAUCGUAAAACGCUCGCUUACGUUACACACACACACACACACAGCCGCACUAGCAUGCUCUGCUAAACUAAGCUAAUCCCGCUAGCUUCCAUUCAUUCGCCGUAAGAGAGGACUUUCGUUAGCGUUUGUGAUGAGAUCCCGCCACGUUUGAGCGGUGUGCAAGUUUCACUUUCUGCAAGUUUCCGCGUUUUAACAGGGAUUCCGUUAAUGCGGAAAUCAUAGGGCCCUAUUACAAAUGAACAGAAGUAAAAAUACAGAAAAUGUAAGCCGAUAAUACACUAAACUAUAAAAUACUCACCUGCCGUCUAUGAAAGUAGACACCACUAUAAUGACAAAUACAGUAGAUUACUGAUUACAGUAAUUAUGGGUUAAAUGCUUUUUCUAACAGCUCCUCUCAUAUUUGUUUGGUAGACUUGCAGGGCGGGUCACGUGAUCCCAAUAGUAAAGGGAGAUUUCUUUCCAUGUUGUUGCAAACUUAAAACAAAACCCAAAAGAAAACACGUGAGUCUUGAGGUCACUGCUUUAUUUCUGUGAUGUAGACUUAAACAGAGACACACACGUACAGUAGCUGCCCGGGGGAUGUGAGGAAGAACAUUGGUCGCUAGUUUAUUUCCACUGGAUGACUCAUAACCACUUCACAUUAAAAAGAAUGAAUGAAACAGACAUCAGUAAACAUAAUCCUAAAAGUUUGUUUUGUGUAUACAAGUCACAAAAGGACAAAUAAGUGAGCGCAAUAGCUUUAGCAAAAUAAAAUAGGAUACUUCCAUCCCAAUAUGUUUCAAAUGACUAGUGUAGCUGUUAUGCUAAUUCAUGAUUAUUCUCUGCUGAUGCUUCAGGCUGUUUAGUAAAUGAAGAUUCACCAUAUUGACCUCAAUAAAAGACAGUAUUUUUUCCCUAGGAAAAAAAAAGAGGGGUCCUCUUAUAUUCAGAGUCAAUAUGGCAAUUCAUGAAAACCACUUGCAGCAUUUAGUCAUAAAAUUAAAGCUUUUGUUGAAACAGUAAAUACAACUAAAAUGUGGUUAAAAUAAAAGCUUUUUUUUGUUUUUAAUUAAAACAUAAGUCUUUAUCUUAAAAGUGCUACCGUGGCUCUGGGGAGGUCAACCCGAGCACCUCACAAACUUAACAAAAUAAGCCCUUCCUGACCCGAAAAACACUCCAAGCUUAUACAAAACACAAACCGUUGUGUCAAAUAAAAAAAAUGACAGCGCCGUUAAAACAAACGCACACACAAAAAAAACCUUACAAAAUAGUAAUUUAGAACUUAAAAUGGACCUCUUUUCAGUCAACUUACUGCAUCAGACACUAUUUCACAUGGAAGUGAAGACGAGUGCACAGAAAGACAGUAAAGGUGUCAAAGUAUAAAUGGAUUCAUUUGAAACUACGAUGUGCAAAGUACAUUUUUUUUUUUUGGAAUUCCACAACAUUUGUUCUGUGGACCUUAAACCUGAACGAGUUUAAUUUCUUGGCUAAGAAGCUCAUGUCGUCUUUCACUGUGAACAUGAAACAGUAUCACAGUUCAUUAUUUUACGUCGUAUGAAAUGUGAAUGGAAUUACGGUAUGCCUCGACUCUGCAUUUUGGCGGACGGCCCAAAUGUGCUCCGAGUUAACUGGCGGGGUGCAAAGGCGGACAGGGCGAGGCGCUGUCAUGCGAACAGUUGACGUUACCGCUUUCUACGUCGAUUCCUUCAUCGUACAAACGCCUGAAAGCGUCGUAAUACUCAUCCGGGUCCCCAGGCUCGUCCCUGGUGUGCACCUUCCUGGUCCUCCGGACUCUUUCUCCUUCCUCUGCUUCCCCCUCGUGGAUGUAAGUGCUGUCAAAGAUGUAGACGGCGUUGGUGGGCAGGGAGAACUCCAGGCUGUGGAGGUAUUCGUCCACCAUCUCUUUGCAGCGGAUGAACUCGGCGCUGUCCACCUUGAAGGGUGGCGGUAAAUCCACAGGACAAAUGUGAACAACAUUCAUCUAGUCCGACACUACGUACUUAUCAGCUCCAUGGAAAAGUAGCCUCAAUUAUAACCUCUUAUGUGGAAGGACAAAUAACUCUAAGGACAUAGAUCACCAAAGCAGGUAAAGUACGGGAGCAUCAUACAUAAAAUUGCCUGUAGUCAUUAGAAAACACAACAAGCCAUGUUUCCACCAAGCACCACAGUUCAGUUUAGCUCUCAUCUUAAGGUUUGGAAUGGUAAACCGUGAUCGGACUUGUUUCCACUGCGUAGGCCGCAUGCAUAAAGCUGCUCCAGCUAGCAUUAACCUUACAUGGCGCUAUCCUAGAGGAGACGCCUUCAGAGGCAACUACUUCCUUACGGUGUGAAAGUGGGUAUCCAUGACACAAACGGAAGACCGAAGGAAACGGGGUCCCAGUUUAAGGACUGCGAGCUUUGGGAGACCUAGCCUACACAAUCUGUAUGCGAUUUUGACCACAUUUUUGUUAAUAAGGACAGUAUUGCCUUUUCUAGAUUCCCUGGUUGCAUAUUCCCACCUUUACCCUUUUUCCGGCUGCUCCAAACAAAACAAAAGUCACAAUUUGGGCACGGCAACAUUCCAAAAAAAAAACCAACAUAGUAUGUCGUCUAAGGAGGCACCUCUGAAAGCCACAGUGUUAAAUGGGACGGUGGACAGUUCGGGACAUUUUCUGAUGAUUUUCUGCUCACAUGACCAACAAGAGUCCCAAUUCAGGUUACUGCAACCUUAAAAAAAAAAUACCUAGCGUAUGUGGUCAACCCAACCCUUGUUAAAAAUGGGACAGCAUUGCCUUUAGGGGAUUUUUCCUCCUCACAUAUUUCUAGCCUUGCCAUUCCAAACGUCUUGGGUGCUCCCAUUACAAGCCAAGGAGGAGUCAAUGAAAGUCAUUUAAGAACUUGGUAAAACAGGAUUUCCUGGUGACGUAUCCCAACCUUACCCUUGGUGUGAGUGAGGUCUCACAUUACCAGCCAUGAAGGGAGUACCGGUUUAGGGAUUACGACCUUCUACGUAGUCUAAGGAGGCGUCACCUUCAGUUUCGUAUACCCUUAAAAAGUGAAAUGUUAGCAACCAAGAAGGAGUGGGAAAUCAGGGACUCCACCCUUUGGAAAACCCAAUCUCCAAACGGUGUCACCUUGUACCCAACUAGUCUGUCAGAAGAAGGUGUGCCACAACAACCGAGGGUCUCCUAUACAGUAUUUACUUGUUACUUAGAAGGAGACAAACUUAAUCCAAGAGGAGACUGAGGACAGAAAGAAAUUUGAAGUAUAGAAAAAUGUAGCGUGAAAAGGGUCCAAAGAUGCAAAUUGGUAGUUUUGGUACCGUUACCAACAAAUCUGGGCACUAAACAUAAGUGUUCUGCUUGGUAGAAACGGGGCUCAAGGCUGCCUCGUAGGCGGUUUCCUUACUUGGGCUUUCUUCAGCAGGUCCGUAAAGACGGAGAACCAGUCGGGCGUGAGCGCCUCCAGCUCCAAGGUGAUGAUGGCCAAGGCCAACGUGGAGCCCUUGAACUGCCAAAGCUGGUGGCAGGCCAUACAGUGCUGUACCUGCCUGGUCCACAACGCCGCAUGGAAGC